AUGGACAAGACCCUCUCGAGUUCAUCAUGGGAUCUCUUGCUCUGGAAUCUCUUGGCUGUUGACAAUGGCAUUCGUAAACAAGCCGAAGGUCAAUUUGAGUAUCUAAAGCAGAAUAUCUGUAGUGAUGAAUUGCUAUUAGGUCUUGUCUCUAUCGUGCAUUCCGAUCGUCCAGAUGAUAUUCGCGCCUUGGCUGCUGUUUUAUUGCGUCGUGUGCUUUUACGUGACGCUGUAUCGCUCUGGCCACGAGCUACGGAUCAAGCUCGUGUGAUUGUGAAACAAGAGCUUCUUGCGGUACUUGAAGCAGGUGAAGAAAAUCGUGGCAUUCGUCGAAAAGUGUGUGAUACGGUGGGGGAAUUAGCAAGCAGUAUUUUGGAAGAUGGACAAUGGGAUGAUCUAUUACCCAAGUUGUUACAAUGGAACAAUGCACCAAUGAUUACGUUACGAGAAGCUUCGUUACGAGUUUUAGAAAUGGUGGCUAUUUUUCUGGCUAAUCAGAUGACACAGGAAGCGGACACGACGACGACUAGUAACACUGUACUGGAUGUUACAGUGCUACAAACAAUGGCUAAAGGAUUGGCUGAUAGAGAAGGACGUGUAGCUGUUAAUGCUGUGCGUGCAUUGGGUAUGUUGCUGCUAAAUCUCGACACAUUAGACCAAAUACCUCGACCCGAGCUAUUGGUCAGUGCAGUGCCUCUUGUCUUGGCAACAUUGCAUUCGCUGCUGGUAACAAAGCAAUUUGAACAAGUGAUGGAAGUACUGGAAGUACUGAUUGAAGUGGCUGAACCACAUGCUGCCUUUUUUAAAUCGAACUUGCGGGAGUUUGUGGAGACGAUGGUACAGAUAGCAGAUGCGCCAAGAGAUGAGAACGAUGAGAAUGAGAUGCCUGAUGGAUGUAGACAAUUGGCCAUGGAAUUUUUGGUUUCGCUGGCAGAACAGGCUCCUGCAAGAUGUAGACGACUGGCUAAGAAUAUGUUUGUCCAGACCGUCUAUCCUGUGGCAUUUAAGAUGAUGUUAGAACUGCACGAUAUUGAUACGUGGGAUGUUGCAAAUUGCGAGGAUGAACAGUCUGCUGGCCGCCAAGGCAUUGACCAAGAAAUUUCUAACUUUGACGUGGGCUCUGAGGCAUUGGAACGAUUAGUUGCUGCAUUGGGUGCUAAACGCUCACUUCCUACGUGCUUUGCACUUAUUCAAGAGUAUGCUGCUCGUUCCGACAAUUGGGUGAGCCGUCAUGCGGCCUUGGUUGGUCUCUGCCAGAUCCUCGACGCUCUCGACAACGACAACUUGGACGCUAUCGUACGCCACUUACUCGCUCAGACUAAUGACCCACACCCUCGUGUUUGUUGUACGGCCGUUGAUGUCAUCGGUCAACUAUCUGUCGACCAAGCUCCGCAAUUCCAAGAGGCUUAUCACUCCCAGGCGCUCACUGUGUUGGCACACUACCUCAAAGAUUUUAAUAAGCCGCGUCUCCAGGCCCAUGCAGCCACAGCUUUGCGCCAGUUCAUUGAUAUGUGUCCACCUGAUCUUCUCACGCCAUACCUGGAUAAGAUGCUACACCAGCUCUUCGCUUUGCUGCAGCACAGUCAAGCGAUGGCACCGGGCGCAAAUCAAGUACCCACACAAGCUUUUACCGCGACGCGUGUUGUUCAAGAACAAGCCAUUACUGCUAUCUCGUCUGUGGCAACGGUGGCAGGUGCAUCUUUCACCAAUUAUUAUGCUGCUGUCAUGCCCCCUCUCCAGCAAAUUCUUAUGAAUUGUCUCCAAGAAAGCGUACAGGCUGCAACUACGCCACCAGCAGUGAUGAAGCCGCAGUCGAAUGCACCGAGCUCAUUUACACUUGGUGGUAUCACGCUCGAGUGUCUGAGCCUUAUUGGCCAGGCUGUUGGCAGAGAGGUGUUCUCACGCGACGCUCCUUCUAUUCUCAAGGUGAUGGCAGAAAUGCAAGGAACGCCGUCUAUCGUUGGCAACGAAUUAAUUCGCACGUACCUGCUGCAGGCCUGGGCUCGUUGCUGUACAUGCCUUGGCCAUGAUUUUGCGCCAUAUUUGCCGCUCGUAAUGCCUACUCUCUUGGAGGCUGCAACGCAGCAAGCUGAGUUUGAAGUGGACCCUUCUACAUUGUCUAGUGACGAUGACGAUGAUGAGAGUGGAGGCUCCACGGACAGCGAGGACAUUCAGCUUGCCCAAGUCAAUGACAAAUGCCUGAGCAUCCGAACGUCCAUUCUUGAAGAAAAGGCUACGGCUUGUCAACUCUUGGCUGGUAUGGUAACAGAUCUGGAAGAUGCAUUUUUCCCAUAUGCGGAGCAGGUGACCCAGGUUCUUGCCCCAUUGUUGACUGAGUGCGUGCACGCUGACAUCCGUGCCUCAGCUAUUCGUGCCAUGCCGGCUCUCGUCAAAUGUGUCGCCAUUUCGACCGCGGCGCCUGGAUCAAAGGAUCACAAUGGAACUGCUAUUAAGCAGAUGGUGGAUUUUGCUCUCGGUCGUCUGGUUAAUGCGUUGACCUCUGAGCCCGACGUCGAUCUGGUCGUAAGCAUUAUGCAAAGUAUGACGAGCUGUUUACGAAAUGCACGUGAGCUGCACGUGACGCUAGAGCUGAACGAAGCCCAGUUGCGGGAACUAGUGCACGGUUUCCUCGUGGUUUUGGGCGACAGCUUCCAGCGUCGUGCGUUACAAAGAGGUCGAGACAGCAGUGACGACAUGGAAAGUGGUGAGACGGAAGAAGAUGACGAUGAUGAAGCUUUGCAAUCUAGUGAGAGCCAAGUGACUGAGCAAGAGGUUCAAUUUGUCUUGGCAGAGUGCAUCGGUACUCUUGCCAAGAUUCACGGAGAUGGAUUUUUCCCGGUUUUUAUGGCGCUUUUGUGGGACAAAGUGGCAGCCCUUGCAGCUCCUGGAUGUCUUUUAGAUGACCGUCGUCUUGCUUUAUUUGUCGUGGAUGAUGUGCUUGAGCAUUGUAGUGGGAUUGCAAUGCGUCAUUUGGAUGUCUUUUUGCCCGUUUUAAUAAGUGCUUUACGUGAAGUGAAUGAGCCUGGUCUUGUGCAAGCUGCAGCAUUUGGUAUCGGAGUGUGCGCUUCACAAGGUGGAAAAGCUUUUGCACCACAUGCAAAUGAAUGUCUCGAGCUGCUUUCGAAGAUUGUCAUCCAUCCACGAGCUCAUAGUCCUGAUCAGCGCAAUGCAACGGAUAACGUUGUGGCUGCACUGGGUAAAUUCUGUGAAUUUCAAGCUGAUGCGAUUGACGCUACCGUGUUAUUUCCACAGUGGUUGGAAUUGCUUCCACUUCGUGGCGAUUUAGAAGAAUCACUUGCAGUUUCACGUCGAUUAUGUCGAUAUGUGACUGAUGAGCAUCCGCUUGUAGUGGGUGCACCGGACUAUCGACAUGUUGGCAAAAUUGUGACCGUGUUGGCUCAUGUCGGUGAUGAGAAAUUUUUGCGGAAAAUGAGCAAAAGUGUCGGUGAAAAGGAAGUUUCUCGUCUUCGUCAAGAACUUGCAUCAACUUUUGCUACUCUUCGGACUAUGGUCCCUCAGCUGAUUAUGACUCAGAUAUGGUCUUCUCUUUCAGCCUCGCAACAAACAACAUUGUAUGCACUUUUAGCGUAA